AUGAAUCCGUCUGUAAUAAGAGGCAAAAAAAUGGUUGCAUUAGCCAAGUUGUUAGGAAACGCUCCGACAUUUUGCGAAGAAAAUACAUUUGUUAGUGAAGGUAAUAAGACCCAGCAGGGCGGUCAAUUUAUUUACAUUUCAGAAAGUUGUGUUAUAAGAGAUGACCAAGUUCAACCUACAGUAGUUGUGACUGAAGAUCCAGAGGUAGAAAUUUUUGAUUUAUUUGAGAAAAGCAAAAAAACUGGACCAGAAACUCAUGUUGAGCCAGAGGUACAAGUUUGUGAUUUAUUUGAAGCAAGCCAUAAAACGGGAACAGAAAAUCAUGAUAAUGAUAAUAGAAUUAUAGUAAACGAAACCGAAAGUCAAAAAUUGUCGAUUUUUUGUGAAGACAAUACAUUUGUGGGUGAAAUUAAUACUCAGGAUGGACAAUUUAUUAAAGUUUCCGAUAUUUGUGGUAUUAAUGGGGUGCAGCCUAUGGUUGUGUCUAAUGAUCCAGAGCUACAAAUCGAUCCAUUGAAGGAGAGUGAGAAAACGGGAACAGAACAUUUUAAUAAUGAUAUUGGGGUUUUAAAUGAUUGUGGAAGUCAGGAUUCUAAUGAUUUAGAUGCUGGCAAGAAGCAAGAACAUGAAAUAAUAAAAGAAGACAUUUUGGAAGAUAUGCCGGAAAAUUUGAUUCAAGAAAACCUUGAUCCGAAUGAGACGUUGGGAACCCUUACUAAAAAAGGCACAGAAAGAAAGAGAAAGAAGUAUAAAUUAAAUAGAAAAGCUAGAACAGAAAUUAGGAAUUUUCAUCGAGUGGUAGUUAGUUGUCAUCAAAAUUGCAAGUUUAAAUGUACGAAUGCUUUCUCAGAAGAACAACGAGAAAGAAUAAAUAAAGAAUUUUGGCAAUUAAACCUAAAAGAACAGAAAUCAUUUGUAAUGAAUUCAACAGAAUGUAAAAUACCAAGUCGAAAAACCGAAGGAUCUAAAAAAAACAAAACAUAUACUUAUUUUUUAAAAGAUAUAAGUGGCAUUAAAAUGCGGGUUUGUAAAGUGUUUUUCUUAACCACGCUGGGCUACAAAAAACAAAUGAUUGGAUAA